AUGAAGCAGAUAACUAGUGAACUAACUAUUCAAGCAUUAUUCGAAACAUUCAGUCGUUUCGGAGUACCAGAAACAGUCAGAUCGGACAAUGGGCCACAGUUUGUAAGUGAUUCUUUCCGCGCUUUCUGUCGUGAAUUUGGCAUCGAUCACCAAAGAACCACACCGUAUUGGCCCCAGGCAAAUGGAGAGGUGGAACGAAUGAAUAACACAAUUCUUAAGCGACUAAGGAUCAGCCAGGUAGAAGGAUCUCCCCAUUCUACGACAGGAGAAGCUCCAUCGGCUCUAAUGUUUGGCAGGGUACUUAGAGAUAAAAUCCCGAGCAUUAACAACACCAAUAGACUGUGGUUGGAAGGAAUCAAGGAUCGCGAUUGGGAACGGAAAGUUUCAGCAGCUGAAUCAACAGACCGCCGUAGGAACGCCCAAACCAACCAGUUGAAAGAGGGAGACAUUGUGGUUGCCAAAAGGAUUUCGAAGGAGAACAAAUUAUCGACCAACUUCAGCGAAGAGAAUUUCAAAAUAAUUGCAAGAAAUGGAUCUGAAGUAAGCAUCCGCUCGAUGGAAACUGGCAAAGUAUAUCGCAGGAAUAUAACCCAUCUCAAAUGA